AAAUAUACCUGGCAUUCCAAUCCUGUAUAUAAAGAGAGACAUAUGACAUAACUACCACAAGACCCUGCACUAUAGCAGUUAUUUCCUAGUAAAGCCCAAUGAUGUGUGAGUGUCGAGUGUUGUGCUUGCUGAUGGCGCUGAUGGUCGCCCUGGACUCAUCAUCAGCCUUCAUUCUAGACGGAGAUGAUGUGAACCCCAUUUGUAAGACGACGACGGAGACGCUGAUCGCCCACCCUACUCAAUGUGCCCAGUACUACAACUGCAGCGCGCCCGCCAUGAGGGUCCACCGUACCACCUUGGAGAAGAACCUACAGGAAUGUGACUACCCACAACUGUACAACCCCGCGACCCAGAGAUGUGAGCACUACAGCACGGUCUCGUGUGGCAACAGAACAGAGCCCCUCGGGAAAUGUGAGUAUGCCAGGUACACAUGUCUUGGGGGUAGGGACUGUGGGGCACCGUGCCACAUCAACAACCCCACCUGCAGGAACUUCGCCGACGGCCUUAACGUCUACGAGCAUCGCCCCAACUCACCUUACUACGUUGAGUGCCUUAAUCAGCGUCUAGUGAAGACUGGCGUAUGUCCCGCUUGUGCUGGUACAGGGGCACCAAUCUUUGACGCACAAUUACGCCAAUGCGUGUGCAAAUAAAACAUCCGGUUGUUUUAAAA